CAUGGAGACGAGAGAACGAGUCUUGAAGGAAGCUGCAACAAGGUGGACAUUAAGGAAGGAACAAGUCAUCUAGACAGGAUGACGGUAGUUAAUGUGGAGUGUUCAUCUAGACAGGAUGACGGUAGUUCAUGUGAAGUGUUCCUACUAAUGAAUGCUGAUGCUGUAGUAUCACAAAACCCACCGGCUGUGAUGAGGCAAUGCCAUGUGAUGGCUUACAGAAAACACAUUAUUGACCAACUGCUCAAGUUUGCCAAACCUAUCAGAAACAACUGUGACCUUCUGUUCUGCAAUUCAAGUGGGAAACAGAUGUUUCGGUGUACCAAAUGCAACAGAAUGUGUCACAAGGCAUGUCUUGGAGUGUGUGAAGGAGCUGAUGUAAGCACCUGUAUUUUGUGUGUUUGAACUUGUCACAUAUCCUAUAAACAUAAUGUUAUCCAGUGACAUGUGUA